CUCUUCCCUGGACUUCCAUGUGCACAUUACUUUCUGUCACCUUUUCCCAUUGAACCAAUUACCAGCACCAUGUCUCUGGCGACCCUUGACACCACCCAACACCCUUACCUUCCGGCCGCCUCGGCAACCCUUUUUAAGGCCAAGGCCACAAAGGCGCUGAGCUUCGAGCAAAUCGCCGAACACAUUGGCCGCAAUGAGGUCGCUACCGCCGCCAUUUUCUACGGCCAAGCCAAGGCCUCCCCGGAGGAUAUCGAGAAGCUGUCUACCCUCCUUGACAUUUCGCCCAAUUAUCUCAACGAGCAGCUCUCGGGCUUCCCGGAUCGUGGUCGCUCUGUCGAGAUGCCGCCCAAGGAGCCUUUGAUUUACCGUCUUUACGAGAUUGUGCAGAACUAUGGUUAUGCGUAUAAGGCGGUGCUAAAUGAAAAGUUUGGUGAUGGAAUCAUGAGCGCGAUUUCGUUCUCUACGAAGGUAGAGAAGGAGACGGAUAAGGAUGGGAAUAACUGGGCUGUUAUUACGCUGCGAGGCAAGUGGUUGCCCUUCUCCAGGUUUUAGAACUGAGGUUGAGUUAUUUGUACGUGACAUAUCUGGAGAAUGUUUUGGAAUGAUCUAGUAGCAAAGUGAAUGUGACUUAAGUUUCCUAAAUGAUGGCCCAUC